AUGGGCGUCAAGAGGAAAAGCACCUCCGGUGCUCCCGUUGAGAAGAAGGCGAAGGCUGUCGAGCCCGAUACCGAUGAGGAGAUCGAGCAGUAUGCUGCGCACUCGACGCUCGUCGACCCCAUGAUCGACCCGCAGCACUCGGACGACAGCGACGACGAAGAUGAGGAUGACGAUGACGUCCCCGAGUUCGAUGGCAUGGACCAGGACGAGGACGACAAUGUGCCCGAGUUCAAUGGAGAUGAGGUUGCCGAGAACGGCGAGGAAGACACGCCCGCAGCUUCGUCAUCAGCACCCAAGAAGUCGCUGUACAAGGCGCCGACGCUGAAGGAGCUCGACGAGCUGCGCGAUGCCGAGGCCAGUGGCGGCAACACGUUCAGCAUGCAGCUCGACGAGCUGCUCGGCAGCGCGCUGCUGAGCACAACGCCGGCGGCAGGGCUCAAAACCCUCCUCGGCGCUGUUCACGACCUUGUGCAUUCUCUCCCCGAGAUGGCCCCCGUUGCUCCGAAGAAGGCCAUCAAGAAGGUGCCCGGCGUGCCGUUCCCGGGACCGAAGGCGCUGCUCCCGACGGCUGAGGAGGUGCAGUGGAAGCUUGGAUUCGAGAAGCCGACGGAAGUGCUCGUCGCCGGCUCUUGGCCAGUUGUUGGUGGAUACAAGAAGGCGAAGGGCGAGGAGGGGAACAUUGACAUUGUUGUUAUGAUGCCAUCGCGGGCGUACUACCUCGGCGUGAUUGCGCAGGCACUCAAGAGCGCCGCGAAGGAGAACGGACCGCUGAAGGGUGCCGAGAUUACCUGGGAGCACGCGGAUGCUCGCCGCCCCAUCAUCAGCAUUCGUGCGGGCAAGGCCCAGGGUCUGAAGCGCGCCGUCGACGUGCGGAUUCACGCCGGCGCGCCCGACGUCUUCCCCCUCGCGACACUGUACCCCUCGAAGUCGCUGAUCAGGGCCGCCGACGAGGCUACCCCGACACCGCAGACUUCCACCUCCCUCCUCCUCGACACGCUUCACAAGCCGCACCUUCUGCACCUUCACCGCCUGGCGCAGGCGCUGGGCGACCGCGGAGCUGACAAGUUCCUCGCCCUCUGGCGCAUCUGGGCCGCGCGCCGCGGAAUCGCCCGCCAUCUCGGAGGAAGUGGAUGGUUCGCUUCCAUGCUUCUGGGAUGGGUCGUCGAGGGCGCCGAGAUUGGAGGCGACAAGCCCCGUCGCCAGCGCGGACUUGGCAAGGCGCUUCCUCCGUGGGGCGCGCUCCGUGCCGCCUGGGAGAACCUCGCUCACACCGACUUUGAGGAAACGCCUGUCUUCCUUGGCGAGGCCAAUGUGCCCCGCACCGAAUUCUCUGGCGACGUCCUCGUCGACGCCACGGGAACGGUCAACCUCUUCGCGGGCUGGGAGAAGGGUGACGUUGAGAUGACGCUUGCGAUGCUCGAGGACACGGCUGCCGACCACUUCCAGGACGUCUUCCUCCGCGCCGAGACGCUCGGCCCGGCCACCUAUGACGAUGUUGACGCUUCGAAGGCGAAGACUGACGCUGGCCUCGUGGCCGAGGCUGAACAGUCGAGAGCGAUCGACCGCCUCGCGCACCGUGCCGCGGAUGUUGUACGACAGGGGUUGACCGACCGCGCUCGCAUCGUGCAUACCACCGUCCUGUCCGACACGCAGUUCGCUGUCGGUCUACUCCUGAAUGGCGAGGAGGCCGGACGGACACUCGACGUUGGACCGCAUGCGGACCAGCAGGAGGCGUGCGCCGCCUACCGCGCUCUCUGGGGCGAGAAGGCCGACUUGCGCCGGUACCAGAACGGUGUCAUUGCCGAGUCGGUGCUCUGGACGCCGCACCGGCCGGAGCAGCGUGCGCAGAUUCCGUUCCAGGCGGCUGAGUGGCUGCUGAAGCGCCACCUCGGUGCCGUCUCCGUUGCCUCUCGCUCGGCGAACGACAGCUGGCUGCAAAUCAUCCAGGUGCCGGAUGCCGCUCGUGACGCCGUUUGUGUCGCCAACUCGGAGACUCAGGGUUUCGCGCCCAUCAUGACUGCGUACCAGAAGCUGCACAGCGUGCUGAAGAACAUCGAUGACGAGCUCCCGCUCGGUGUGCUCAACGUCACGCCCGCGAGCGAGCUCCUCCGCUACGCCUCCGUCUUCGUCCCCCACCCUGUCGAUGCCAACCGCCUCGCGACCGCCCCCGAGUCGCUGGGAUACGUUCCCGUCGCCGAGAUCAGGCUGCAGUUCGAGUCUUCGCCUCGCUGGCCGGACGACCUCGAGGCUGUCCAGGCUCUGAAGCUCGCGUUGCUCGAGAAGGUCGCCCGUGUGCUCCAGCCCCGCAUCCGGGCCCGUAUGGCCAUUGCUCUCGAUGCUGACGCCACUGCCGUCGAGGACCAGGCCUCGCUUGAGCUGCUCAUGGACGGUGUCGCCUUCCGCCUGCGCAUCAUGUACGAGAAGGAGAAGGUGAUGAUCGAGCGUGCCCUCGAGCCCGCGCGCCCCGGUGUGCCGAAGCCGCCUGCGCCGCCACGAAGGCUGCUCCUUCCCGCGCUUGCCAAGUGGGAGCGUCGCUUCGAGCACGAGCCGCGGCACCAUUCCACGCUUGCGCCGAUGCACCACCGCUUCCCGAGCUUCUCGACCGCGGUGCGUCUCAUGAAGCGCUGGACGGCUGCGCACAUGCUCCGUAUCGAGGGUGAGGCCCUCGAGCUUCUCGUUGCGCACACGUACCUCGCGCCCGGAAGCCUCGGCGCUCCUGCUGGUGCGACGGCUGGCUUCCUCCGCACACUUGAGGAACUCGCCGCCUGGGACUGGCGCACGUCGCCGCUCUUCGUCCCUCUCGUUGCUGUCACGCGCGAUGCGGCGAGCGCCAGCGGACGUCCCCGCUUCCCGACCGCAGAGCGCGAGGAGGCUCUGGCUGCCUUCUCUCGCCGCGGUGAGAAGCACGCCUGGAGCAUCGUCACCGAGACCGACACGAGCGGUACGCGGUGGACGGGCAAUGUCGGUCCCCUGAUUGCGGGCCGUGUGCAGGCUCUUGCGGGCGCCACGCUCGCGGCCGUCCGCAACGCUAGCCCGCUCGACGUCCCCGCGCUCUUCGCGACCCCGCUCGAUCACUACGACGCCGUCUUCCAUCUCUCUCCCGGAACGCGCGCCGCGCAGGCGCUGAAGCCUGAGAUUCCGUCCGGCUUCCGCUCCGCCGAGGCGCACGAGGUCCGCCUGGGCUUCGACCCCGCCGGCCUCCUGGCUGCCGACAUCCAGCGGUUGUACGGUGACGCACUGCUCGUCUUCCACGAUGUGAACGGCGGCCGUGCCAUUGGCAUCCUCUUCAACCCCCAGCGCAUCACGCCGAGGGCCUUCAAGCCACUGCUCGGAUACAACACCGCGCCGGCGAGCAAGAGUCUCGUGUCGCUGAACAAGGCUGCGGUCAUCGAGGAGAUCAAGCGUCUCGGCGCCGGCAUUGUCACGAGCGUCGACGUCAAGAAGUAG